AGAAGAUUACCAUGAAGACGGAUUCUGUCAGCCAUACAGGGGAAUUGCGUGUGCACGAAUUAUUGGAAACAGGACCAUUUAUGUGGACUCCCUCCAAAUGCAAGGGGAAAUUGAAAACCGAAUUACGGCUGCAUUUACCAUGAUUGGCACUUCAACGCAUUUGUCUGAUCAGUGCUCACAGUUCGCUAUACCGUCCUUCUGCCACUUUGUGUUUCCCCUGUGUGACGAGCGGUCUCGGACCCCUAAGCCGCGGGAGCUGUGCCGGGAUGAGUGUGAAGUUCUGGAGAAUGAUCUCUGUAGACAGGAAUACAACAUCGCUCGUUCAAACCCCCUGAUCUUGAUGCAGCUACAGUUGCCCAAGUGUGAGGAUCUGCCACGGCCUGACACCUUGGAAGCUGCCAACUGCAUAAGGAUUGGGAUCCCUGUGGAGAGACUCAGCCGAUACCAUCAGUGCUACAAUGGUUCCGGAGCAGACUACAGAGGGACAGUCAGUGUUACCAAGUCCGGCCACACUUGCCAACUCUGGGACUCCCAGAGUCCUCACAACCAUGAACUGACAAGCGCACAGUUUCCAGAGCUAGGUGGAGGUCAUGCAUAUUGCCGAAAUCCUGGAG